GCCCCGCCUCCCUGUCGGCGGCCUCGACCGCGGGCGCGUCGUUGGUUUCGGGUUGUCAGGCAGCAGCAGAGGCGAGGCUGCGAGGGAGCCGGCGGCGGUGGGGCUGCGGCUCGGCCACGACCGCUGUCGCGGCCUGAGCCCUUCCACCCGCCGCCAGCAUGAAGGACAGCGGGGACUCCAAGGACCAGCAACUCAUGGUGGCGCUCCGGGUCCGGCCCAUCAGCGUGGCGGAGCUGGAAGAAGGAGCCACUCUCAUCGCCCAUAAAGUAGACGAGCAGAUGGUGGUUCUUAUGGACCCAAUGGAAGACCCCGAUGACAUCCUGCGGGCGCAUCGCUCCCGGGAGAAGUCCUACCUAUUCGACGUGGCCUUUGACUUCACUGCCACCCAGGAGAUGGUGUAUCAGGCCACCACCAAGAGCCUCAUUGAAGGCGUCAUCUCAGGCUACAAUGCCACUGUCUUUGCCUAUGGUCCCACAGGCUGCGGGAAAACCUACACCAUGCUGGGCACAGACCACGAGCCCGGCAUCUACGUUCGGACCCUCAAUGACCUCUUCUGUGCCAUUGACGAGACCAGCAACGACAUGGAAUAUGAGGUGUCCAUGUCCUACCUGGAGAUCUACAAUGAGAUGAUCCGGGACCUGCUGAACCCUGCCCUGGGGUACCUGGAGCUGAGGGAGGACUCCAAAGGGGUGAUCCAGGUGGCCGGGAUCACCGAGGUCUCCACCGUCAAUGCCAAAGAGAUCAUGCAGCUGCUGUUGAAGGGGAACCGGCAGAGGACCCAAGAGCCCACGGCCGCCAACCAGACGUCCUCCCGCUCCCACGCCGUGCUCCAGGUGGCCGUGCGCCAGCGCAGCCGGGUCAAGAACGUCCUGCAGGAAGUGCGGCAGGGCCGCCUGUUCAUGAUCGACCUGGCUGGCUCGGAGCGGGCCUCCCAGACACAGAACCGUGGGCAGCGCAUGAAAGAGGGGGCCCACAUCAAUCGCUCGCUGCUGGCCCUGGGCAACUGCAUCAACGCGCUGAGUGACAAGAGCAGCAACAAGUACAUCAACUAUCGUGACAGCAAACUCACCCGGCUCCUGAAGGAUUCCCUGGGGGGAAACAGCCGCACGGUGAUGAUCGCCCACAUCAGCCCAGCGAGCAGUGCCUUUGAGGAAUCCCGGAACACCCUGACCUACGCUGGCCGGGCCAAGAACAUCAAGACCAGGGUGAAGCAGAACCUGCUCAACGUCUCCUACCACAUCGCGCAAUACACCAGCAUCAUCGCCGACCUGCGGGGCGAGAUCGAAAGGCUCAAGUGCAAGAUGGACAAGCAGGGUGGGCGGGGCCAGGCCCACGGCCGGCUGGAGCGGGGCGACAUCUGUCACAUCCAAGCCAAGGUCCAGCUGCACAGCGAGAAGGGUGAGCAGGCUGAGAUGGGACAGCUGCGGGAGCAGCUCAUCAGCGCCUUCCAGGAGCAGAUGGACGUGCGGAGACACCUGCUGGAGCUGGAGAACCACGCCAUGGAGGUGCAGAUCGACACCUCCCGCCACCUGCUCACCAUUGCAGGCUGGGAGCACGAGAAGUCACGCAGGGCACUCAAGUGGAGGGAGGAGCAACGCAAGGAGUCCUACACCAAGGACGACAGUGAGAAGGACUCGGACACAGGCGAUGACCAGCCAGACAUCCUGGAGCCCCCUGAGGUGGCCUGCGCCCGGGAGAGCAUCGCUGCCCUGACGGGGGAGCAGAAGAAGCUGCGAAAGCAGAAGCUGACGCUGGAGCAGCGCUGCCGAGAGCUGCGCGCGCGCGGCCGGCGCCUAGAGGAGACGCUGCCGCGGCGCAUCGGCUCCGAGGAGCAGCGCGAGGUGCUCAGCCUGCUGUGCCGCGUGCACGAGCUCGAGGUGGAGAACACGGAGAUGCAGUCGCACGCGCUGCUCCGCGACGGCGCGCUCCGCCACCGCCGCGAGGCCCUGCGUCGCCUGGAGCAGCACCGCAGCCUCUGCGACGAGAUCAUCCAGGGCCAGCGGCAGAUCAUCGACGACUACAGCUUGGCCGUCCCGCAGCGCCUGCAGGAGCUGUACGACGUGUACGUGCGAGCGCAGGACGAGGGCAGCCUGGAGCGGGCCGCCAUCAUGGACCGCGUGGCCUCUGGGGCCCUGCAGGACAGCUCCUUGCCCAAAAUUAGCAGAGCAGGAAACUUGCCGACCCCAGAGUCCGACCCAGAGAGCGUGAAGACGCUGAGCUCCGAAGCCCAGCUCCUGCAGGGCAGCUUCCUGCCUCCGAUCAGCACAGAGAGUGAAGCCAACCACGUGUCCAAGGCCAGUUCUGGGGCCUGGCAGGUGAAGAGCUCCUCUGUGCCCACCCCACCACCCAUCCAGAUUGGCAGCUUGGUGACGCAGGAGGCCCCCACUCAGGACAGCCUGGGCAGCCUGAGCGGCCGGAUCAACUCCUCCCCUGACAGCAGUGAGAACCUGUCAGAGAUCCCUUUGUCCUGCAAAGAGAGGAAGGAGAUCCUGACGGACACCAAGUGCAUCUCGGCGAAGGCUGCCCGGCGACGCUCUCGGGCCCUGGGCGCCGAGGGGCGCCACCUGCUGGCACCCAGCAUGGAGCGCAGCAGCCUGUCCCUGCACUCGCUGAGCGAGGCUGACGAUGCGCGGCCCCCCGGCCUGCUGGCCUGCAAGCGGCCACCCAGCCCCAUGCUGCAGCACGCUGCCAGUGAGGACAACCUGUCCAGCAGCACGGGUGAGGCCCCAUCCCGGGCCGUCGAGCAUCGUGGCGAUGGCCCCGGGCCCUGGCUGCGUGGCCAGAAGAAAAGCCUGGGCAAGAAACGGGAGGAGUUGCUGGAGGCAAAGAGGAGGAAGCGGAGGUCACAGUCCUUUGAGGUCACAGGGCAAGGGCUCUCCCGCCCCAAGACACACCUCCUGGGGCCCCAUCCCGCGCAGAGCAUCUUGGACCACAGGGUGCAAGUGUGCGGGCACCCAGCCUCUGGUACCCGGCAUCUGGGAAAGGUCUCCCUGCCUAUGGCCAAGGUCAAACUCCCUCCAAGCCAGAACCCAGGCCCUGGGGACUCCUCACCCCUCGCUGUCCCCUCCAACCCAGCUGGUGUUUCCCAGCGGGCUACCCGGGGGCCCCGCCUGCCCCAUGGCACAAGCACCCAUGGCAAAGAUGGACGCUUCCAACAUAACUGAGGGGUCCUGCCUGGAACCGGCCCUCCUGCCCCCAAGACUGAAUGGGGGGUAGCAGGAAAUGGGAG